UAUAUUUUCGAGUUUAUAUUUCUCUUGAUAAUUAACUGUUGAAAUAGUUAGUUAAGUAUGGACUGACAGACUUUUUUAUUGAUUCAGCAAUCAAAAUAUUUUUAUGAAUAUGACAGUGAGAGCAAAAAUAUAAGCCUAGUUAUUGGAAAAGAGAGAGUUUGCAUGAAUGAAAGUCAAAAAAGGGUCUCUCCAACCUCAACCUGUUCCAAUGCUACAACCAAUUUGUCUACAUUACCAGCUGGUUCAAUGGUUUAUUGUUUAUCUUAUUAUGCACCAGGAAACUAAUCUAGUUUUGAUAUAAUCAAGGUCUAAUUAGUAAUUGCAGUGAGACUAAAAAUAUGGUAAUUAAACCGCUGAUUAGUCUAAUUAUUGAUAAAAGCAGGUCUCUACAAGAAAACCCCAAAGUCUAAGAACUUUAAAAAAGAUUUUCUCGGGAACCAUUGCCUGCAGUCAGAAAGAUGCCUCUCUCACCAAAACAGCUUACCAUAAUGUUUUUGGAAACGUUUCCUUUUUCAACCAAUUGAAAAAUAAUCAUUGAAAUUUGAGUUAUCGUCGUUAUUAAAUCAUUUUGACCUUCUCAUCUAUCAAUGUUAGUUGCUUGGAGAUUCAUCUAAUUCAAUUCCUGCCUUGAUUUGGUUCCAAUUCGUUACCACUUGUUACCCGGCUAAAGAAACUUUCAUUUUGACAACAUGUCUGUUUUGGAAAUACGAAAUCCCACCAUUCGAUCAUUUGUUUAUGGAUCUUUAAGCGGAACGUGUUCAACUUUAUUGUUCCAGCCCUUGGAUUUGGUUAAGACUCGAAUGCAGAGUCAAUCGUCAAUUGUUUUAAAUCAACAUGGAAAAACAAAAAAACUAGGAAUGUUUCAAGUGAUGGUCCAAGUUGUCAAGAAAGAAAGGUUACCUGGUCUAUGGAAAGGAACUAUCCCGUCACUAAUCCGAUGUGUACCAGGUGUUGGUAUAUAUUUUGGAACUCUAGAUUACUUAUCAAUUAAACUUUUAAAAAAUCCUAAGCAGCCGAAACCUAUUGAAGCCAUGCUGUUGGGAUUCACAGCUCGCACUGUGACUGUUAUAACUCUUUUACCAGUGACUGUUAUAAAAACUCGAUAUGAAAGUGGACUAUUUUCUUAUGCCAAUGUUUGGAUUGCAAUUCAAAAUAUUUACCAAAGUGAAGGAUUCAAAGGAUCAUUUCGUGGCUUAUUACCAACCCUUUUUCGUGAUGUUCCAUUCUCGGGGUUAUAUUAUCUAUGUUAUUCGCAAUUAAAACAAACAUUGGUUAAUGGUAAACAAAAUUCCCCUGAAUUAUUGCCUCGUUCUUUUAAAACUUUCGUCUGUGGAUUGAUUGCUGGUUUAUUUGCUUCUACUGUCACCCAUCCUGCAGAUGUCGUUAAAACCCGAAUUCAAAUUGAACCUCAAAGAUAUUUUAGUAUAAGUCAAACAAUCAAGAUUAUUUAUAAAGACGGUGACGUAUUUCGAGGCCUUACUCCUAGAAUUAUCAGAAGAACUCUCAUGACUGCCCUUACAUGGACUAUAUUUGAAUUUCUAAUUCAAAGAUCUGAUAAAAACUAAAUGUCAUUUAUUAAUAAUACAAAUAUCAUUAUCACGAACAAAGGACCAUUCCAUCAUAGGCUUUUAUAGUCUUGAAUGUGCCAUUUUUUAAAUGUUUGUAAAGUCUAACAAAAACGAGCUUUCAUUAAAUUAAACAAUAAAUUUUAUAAAUCG